UAUCUCCGGGCAAUUUAUUUAUUGGAGAGCCAAAAAUCAGUGUCCUUCGCCCAAUUACUUCAAUUAAUUCCCAAUAAAUCGAUUAAAAUAAUGCUAUGAAUCUGUGCCUCUGAGAUGCCAAUUUCUCAGUCAAAAUCUCUUCUCCUAUCCUCAAUCCCUCGUCUUCUUCAUCUCCGGAUCCGCCUUCUUGCUUCACUCCGUCCUUCUCUGUCGCCAUUAAUGGCUUCCUCUUCCUCUUCCUCCAUCAUUUCCGAGUCUGCUGCGGGAGAAAUCGCCGAAGGAUUCAUUCAUUGCUGAUUAAAAUCUGAACACCGGAUUAGCCGAUCAAGUUCUUCGUUCUUCCGUGUAUUUAACCACCGGAAAUUCACAUUCUUCGAAAAAAAAAGCCCUAGCCGGAAUUCCGAUCGGAAGCGAGAUUCAGAGUGAAUCGAUGACUCAAACGGCGUCGUUUAGUUUCGCCAAUCGUAAAAGUUCCUCGAAUUUGGAGCGGUUUCUUCAAUGCGUUACUCCUUCCGUUCCUUGGCGAACUCUUCCUCAGAGCUGCCUUCAUGAUCUCAAUAGUCAUUGGCAACAACCUGAUAAAGAUACGGUUCAGUACUUCACGCUCGGCGAGCUAUGGGAUUGCUAUAACGAAUGGAGUGCAUAUGGCGCCGGUAUCCCGAUACAGUUGAACGGUUCCGAGACUGCCAUGCAGUUCUAUGUGCCUUAUCUGUCUGCAAUUCAGAUCUACACAAGCAAGCCUGUUGCCCCUCCCAGAAACCGAAGAUAUGAUAGCGACAUGGCAGAAUGCGAAAGUGAUUCGUGGAGUGACGAUAGCUGGAGUGAUAACCUGUCAAGAUCCUUGAGCAACAACUCUAGCAGGACAUGGGAUGCGGUUUCUGAAGAUUCGAGCUUCGACCAGGACGGAUCGUGGUCGUUAAGGGAAAAACUUGGUUACCUCUCUUUACAAUAUAUGGAGAUGUCUUCUCCUUAUUGGAGAGUGCCUCUUUUGGACAAGAUAACGGAACUAACUCAAACAUAUCCAGCUCUAAAUACACUUAGGAGCGUGGAUCUUUCUCCAGCAAGUUGGAUGGCUGUUUCUUGGUAUCCUAUUUAUCAUAUCCCGAGUCAAAUAAACGACAAGGACUUCUCGACAUGCUUUCUAACGUAUCAUACAUUGUCUUCGUCUUUCCAAGAUUGCUCCAUGGAUCAUGAAGGGCAAGAUGGAUGUACUUGUUCGAAUAUCGCAACCGCAGGCCAAACCGACGACAAAACGAGCGGUUUUUCUUCUUCUUCUUCUUCUUCUUCUUGCCUUUUCCCAUUUGGGUUAGCCACUUACAGAAUGCAGGGAGAUCUCUGGCUGCAGCCAGAGACAUCGGAUUACGAACGGAUGGUCGAUCUCUAUCAUACCGCCGAUUCGUGGUUGAAACAGCUCAACGUUCAUCACCACGACUUCAACUUCUUUUCCCUUCACUCAACCUUGUAGAUAAUGAGCUUCUUUUGUGCAACCAACAUGAGAAUACUAUGCCUUGCCUCUUCCCACAGCACUUCACUUGACAGUUUAGCUAGAAAACUGAGUUUGAUUGAUUAAGAACAACAAUCCUUUUGUAGUUUUUAACUCAGAAAAAAAAAUGAUGAACAAACAAUUGUUGUGCUUUGAGGAUGAGUUUUGUAUUUAAGUUCAAGGCUGCUGCUUUCCUUUGGACCUUUUGUUGUGCUGUGUCGUGGACUUCCCUGACAUUUAGAGGCUGCUGCUUUUUACAACAUGCCUGAUUGGAAGUUGUUUUGUAAUGCAAGUUUCUAUUAUUGUACGUUACACGCUCU